CUAUAUAUAUAAUAAAACUAAGUCGAUAAAAUGUGCGUGCCGAUAAAACUUAAAAAGGAGUCCCGACACGAUAAAGGGACUUAUGUGGUGUGAUAGUCCUUUAUCCCCCCUCGAACAAGAAAGUUCCCGUUUUAAUCUAAAGGGCAUGUUUUUAAAGAUAUAAGGGACUUUCCGACCCUUCAACUUGGAAAUUAAGUGCAGUGGCGCCAUCUGUUAUCGAAUAUUUGAACUUCAUUCAGGAUUUGGAGUUAAAGCGACAUAAUUUUAGUUAUCCAAAUUAGUUCUCAAAAUAUUUAAAAAUUUAGGUUUUUAAAUUUCGCGCCUUUACUACAUACGCUACCGCUACAGAAGCUAGAAAGUUCCCGUUUUAAUCUAAAGGGCGUGUUUCUAAAGAUAUAAGGAACAAGAAUUGCGAAAAAACUCUGAAAUAAUGGGAGGAGCUCUACUCAUACUCUCAGGAGAUUUUCGACAAACACUUCCAGUUAUUCCCAAGUCAACAUCAGCAGACGAGAUCAAUGCAUGCUUGAAAAAAUCACAUCUCUGGCCACAAGUACAAAUACUGCAAUUAACAAAAAACAUGAGAGUUGAAUUAUCAAGAGAUGAAACAACAGGACAAUUUGCUAAAAUACUUUUACAAAUCGGCGAAGGUACAUAUCCUACUGACCAAACGACCGGCCUCAUUGAACUUAAUAGUGAUUUCUGUAAUAUAGUCACUACUGAAGACGAACUAAUCGACAAAAUUUAUCCAAAUAUUAUUCAGAACUAUACUAAUGCAGAGUGGUUAUUUCAAAGAGCAAUUUUGGCCACUAAAAAUAAUAUUGUUGACGAUAUCAAUUUUAAUAUUCUAAAGAAAAUACCUGGUGAAGAGAAAAUAUAUAAAUCGAUCGACACGAUGGUAUCCAUUGAAGAAAGUGUCAACUUCCCCACUGAAUUUCUAAACUCUUUACAAGUACCAGGAAUGCCAUUACACUGCCUUCGUCUGAAAAUUGGAACUCCAAUCAUACUACUCAGAAAUCUCAACUCCCCAAAAUUAUGUAAUGGAACUAGAAUGAUCGUAAAACAGCUAUCGAAUAAUAUCAUUGAAGCUGAACUUAUUUCUGGAAAGACCAAAGGACAGACAGUAUUUAUACCUAGAAUACCUCUGAUCUCUUCGGAAUUGCCAUUUCAAUUUAAAAGACUGCAGUUUCCAAUAAAAUUAGCCUUUAGUUUUACAAUUAACAAAGCGCAAGGACAAACUUUAAAAUAUUGUGGCAUUAACCUCAAAGAAUCCUGCGUCUUUCACGGUCAGCUAUAUGUAGCUUGCUCAAGAGUAGGAAAUCCGAAAAAUUUAUGUAUAUAUACUCCGGACAAUAAAAUGAAAAAUGUUGUUUAUAAACAAGUAUUGUAAAUAAUGAGAAAACGUUUUCAAUAAACUUUUUUUUUACUUUUUACGUCAUAGUUUAUUUUUUUAUUUCGACUCUAGCACGUCAUCUUAUAUCAACUCCCGGGCGAAGCCGGGUUUUUUA